CAACAGCCCAAUAAAGAAAAUAGGGCGCCAAAGUGGACAAAGAAGAGAAACAGAAGCAGAAAUUUUGCAGUUCAGAGAGAACAAAUUGAGAGAGAAAGAGAUGCAAGGCGUUGUUUUAAACCCUACCUACACCUGGCCCCACCAAACCCCAGACUCACCCUCCUGUUCUCGUCGUCACCCCAAGACUUCAAGCUUCUAUGGCGCAAGAGUUUCGGUUGCGAGGUGGCGCAAUCCGGUGCGGCGCAGCUCUUGUUGUCGAUUCCGGCUGAUUCGAACUCCUGAUAUCACGCGGAGGCGUGUUGUUAAGGCUGUGGCUACUCCAGAUUCAGCUAUUGAAUUGCCAUUAACAGCAGAGAAUAUUGAAACUGUGUUGGAUGAAGUUCGACCCUACCUUAUAGCAGAUGGAGGAAAUGUAGCAUUACAUGAGAUCGAUGGCAAUGUUGUACGAUUAAAGUUACAAGGAGCAUGUGGGUCUUGUCCAAGUUCUGUGACAACAAUGAAGCUGGGUAUAGAACGCCGCUUAAUGGAAAAGAUUCCUGAGAUUGUUGCAGUGGAGGCAGUAGCAGAUGAAGAAACUGGGCUUGAGUUGAAUGAAGAAAAUAUAGAGAAGGUGCUUGAAGAAAUCAGACCCUACCUUGUUGGGGCAGCAGGUGGAUCUCUUGAAUUAGUGGCAAUUGAUGAACCAAUUGUGAAAGUUCGAAUCACAGGUCCAGCAGCUAGUGUCAUGACUGUUCGAGUGGCUGUUACCCAGAAAUUGCGAGAGAAAAUCCCAGCCAUUGCAGCAGUUCAACUUCUAUAAAUUAUGAGCAAAUUCUUUGUCACAAUAUGUUUUCUCAAAUAAGGCAUUGAUAGAUUUGUGAAACCUGUAUAAAUAGUGGAUUAAUACACACUUUUGUGUACAGCUUUAAAGUUAUUUGAAUGCCAAUGAAUGUUACUUCAGAA